AUGCAAGAAGAAGAGACUCAGUUCCUUCAGUCAACUAAAGAUCUCCAGUUUUUCAAGGAUAUCAUGGAGCAUCACUCAGUCAGUCAAUUGGAAGAGGAGGAAGAGUACCACAUUGGGGCUUAUGGACAGGAUUUAACACUGAUUGCAUUGGAGGAUGAAUGCCUCAACCAGAUGGAGGAAGUCACAGGUAAACUCAAAGACAACAAAGUGCUUGACUCCAAGGAUAAUCUGAUGGCCUUCUUGGCCACUUCCAUUAAUGUUGAUGAAAGUGACACAGAUGUGAGUGAAGAAGACAAAAGUGAAAAUUGA